AUACCGUUGUGUGAAAAACCAAAGCCAAACAAACAGUUCACUGUUUCCGUCGCUUAGGGAUGUGGUUGUUUAGCAGAAAAGGGGAUUCCGGCUUUUCGGCCGCCUCAACGGCGGAGCAAGUGACGGAAGGUCUCGACGGGACCGGUCUCACCGCCAUCGUUACAGGCGCUUCGAGUGGAAUUGGAGCAGAAACGGCUAGGGUGCUUGCAUUGCGAGGAGUCCAUGUCAUAAUGGCGGUCAGAAACCUUGCUACUGGUUUGGAGACGAAAGAAAUAAUCACCAAACAAGUUCCGAACGCCAAGGUCGAAGCUAUGGAGAUGGAUCUCAGUUCCAUGGCAUCCGUCAGGAACUUUGCAGAAAAUUUCAAUUCUUUGGAGCUUCCUCUGAAUAUACUUGUAAACAAUGCUGGAGUUAUGGCGACGCCCUUCACGCUGUCAAAGGACAACAUAGAGCUUCAGUUUGCAACAAAUCAUGUAGGCCAUUUUCUCUUGACGAACUUGAUGCUGGAAACAAUGAAGAAAACUGCUCGUGAAAGUAGCCGAGAGGGAAGGAUCGUGAAUGUCUCAUCCCGGCGCCACAAAUUUUCUUAUCCUGAAGGGAUUCGCUUUGAUAAGAUUAAUGAUCGAACAGCUUACAAUAGCAUUUCAGCAUACGGUCAAUCGAAGCUUGCUAAUGUGCUGCAUGCCAAUAAACUUGCUAGGGAUUUGAAGGGGGACAAGGUGGAGAUAACAGCUAAUUCAGUACAUCCAGGUCUAAUUGCAACCAAUCUUUUCCAUCAUCACAGUUUCGUAAAUGGCUUUAUUGCUGCACUUGGGAAGCAUGUAAUGAAAAAUGUUCACCAGGGAGCUGCAACAACGUGCUACGUGGCAUUGCACCCGGACAUUAAAAAGAUGACUGGCAAAUAUUAUGCAGACUGCAACUUGGCCGAGGCAAGCACCCAAGCCAAAGAUCAAGAAUUGGCCAACAAAUUAUGGAGUUUCACUCUCAGCCUGCUAAACCAGCCUGCAGCUUAGGGCAUCGAUCAAUAUUCAUUCGCAACUAGUGUCCAAGCACUGAUUGAGCUUUUGAGCGGAGGUGCUGCCGGUGAGGCAAUGUUCGAGGAACACAGUGAUACAGUUAAUGGCGCAGCAAGGUAUUGUUAUGUUCCCCAUGCUCAGUGUUUCCGCUGCCGCUGCCAGUGGCGGCUGCUCCGGCGGUGUUGAUAGUGAUAGUGAUGCAGAUACGCCACCAGAGGUGAUGAUGAUCAGACUGUGUAGCCAUAGCCAUGUUAAUAGAAUUACCAGACUGCACCAUGCAUCUUUCAUCUUUGAUCAGAUUAAAUGAUCUUUUUUUGUGUCCCUGCAAAUCUAACAUUGUUAACUUUCUCUAUGUAUGUAUAUAUAGAGAGGAGGUGGGUGGGGGCGAA